AUGGACGAGGCGCAGGCACACGGAGUGAAGAUUCCUGCCAGCAGCCCGUAUCGUUUCCCUGUUUUAAACAGUCUCGGCCACCAUGCGUUCAGUGUCGACUCUCAGGAGCUCCCCACAGAGCCAUCAGUGCAGACUACGGGCAGGAUGGAGACAAACACAAGCCUGGACAUCACCACAACAUUCUACAACUCCUCUGUCACCCAAGGAAACAGAACUUUCCUGGACUCUGAGUUCCGCUACAUGCUGUUUCCUGUGUUUUAUGGCAUAGUGUUCAUCCUUGGCCUGCUAGCCAAUUGUUAUGCGCUGUUCAUACUGCGGAGGCUACGCCAGUCCAAGACCAUGAGCGAGAUCCGCAUCUACAUGAUCAACCUGACCAUGGCCGACCUUCUCUUUGUCUGUGCUCUGCCCUUAUGGAUUGGUUACUACAGUCGUCAUGGUGACUGGAUCUACUCUGACUUCAUGUGCCGCGUGGCGGGCUUGCUGUUCUUCAUCAACACUUACUGCUCCAUCCUCUUCCUCGCCGCCAUCAGCGUCAACCGCUAUUGGGCCAUCAGCCGGCCGCUGGCCGCCGCUUCCACUGAACACCGGCGCCGUGGCGUCAUCGUAUCGACGCUCUUGUGGGGGGUGACCCUGGCCAUGUCGAUCCAGUACCUGGUGUCCCCAGGCCUGCAGGUAGACAAGGACAACGUGUCUCGCUGUUUUGAGGGCUACACCCAUGAGGAAGAUGACGACAAAAGGGUUAUUGCUACAACCCACAUCCUGAUCAUCGCUCUCUUCUUCCUUGUCUUCCUGCUGGUGGUGAUCUGUAACGUUCUGAUCGCCCACGCCCUCCUGGCACAGUCCCCCAGCCAGCCUGCUGUCUCGUCCUGCAGGUCUAGGGGUGAUCCUGGAGCGUCCAUGAGGGCGUCCCGUCGCCCCCACGGGGUGAAGCGGCAGGCGCUGCAGAUGCUGUGUGCGGUGGUGGGGGUGUUUGUGCUGUGCUUCCUUCCCCACCAUGUGGUCCAGCUGCCCUGGGUGCUGGCAGUGCUGGAGAUCAGGGAGGGAUGGGGCAGCCAGGGGUGGGGGGACAACACCAAGCAGUACCUCAACGACCUCCACCAGGUCACCCUUCUCCUCAUGGGCCUGAACUGCAUUCUAGACCCUGUAGUCUACUGCUUUGCCACCAAUAAAUUCCGUUCUUACAUCAAAGCCCACCUGAGGAAGAUGAGGACAGGGGAUGCUUGCUCCCAAACAGGCACUACCCAGAUGUCCAUGGACAGCAAGAACCAGAGCCAGAGGCAUGGUGAACACCUGCAACUCCAGGGUUACACAGCCAACAUGGCUGACGAGAGCUGAAAUAAAGUUGCUUUAUCUAUAAGUCACUUCUUGGAAGUGUAUUUUUGGGGUGGACACACUGGUGAGAUGACAUUCCAAAGCAGUGUUUCCUUGUCCCAAUAUUAUUCUAAUCUAUUGGUUACUGUAAAUAGUGCAGUGGAGUGCAUCGCUGAGGUCGGAUGUCAGAAAAGGACAUUGCAAACCUGUGAAAGCUAGAAACAUGAGGAAGUACAUUCAUUUAGCAAUAGUCCCUAGCCUGAACUGAUUUUGUAAUCACUCUACUCCCUGUGCUGUAUAUACAUUUACAUUUAGCAGACACGCUUAUCCAGACUUACAGUAAGUACAGGGGCAUUCCCCCUGAGGCAAGCAGGGUGAAGUGCCUUGCCCAAGGACACAACGUCAUUUUGCACAGCUGGGAAUUGAACCGGUAACCUUCAGAUUACUAGCCCGACGCCCUAACCGCUCAGCCAGCUGACUCACCUACCACAAAUACUCAUACGACAUAACCACAGUUAUGUCGUCCACCCAGGGUGUCGUCCACCCAGGGUGUCGUCCACCCAGGGUGUCGUCCACCCAGGGUGUCGUCCACCCAGGGUGUCGUCCACCCAGGGUGUCGUCCACCCAGGGUGUCGUCCACCCAGGGUGUCCUAGCCUCGGUGUUGAGGAGGUUUUGCUGCACUGUGCAUUUGAAAGGCAUGAUCAGGGGCGCCGUAAUGGG